AUGGGGCAGCGUUCACAGCCAGCCCUGCUCCUCUGUCUGCUCAGCAUCCUGCUCUCCACGUCGCACAUCAGCGCGCAGCCAGGCUUCAUACCGCCCAUGCCUCCACUGGGCUUCUUCGGAGGUCUCUUGGACACAUUUGGCAUCGGCAGCAGCACUGACAGCCCCUCUCCGCCACCAGCCACCCGCACAAUGACCCCAGCCACAGCCUCUGCAGUAACCUCACCCCAAGCAACCAUAGCAACCUCCUCCGACCUCGCGCCCCUGCGCACACCCGCCGCCGCAGCCGCUGCCACCCCGGUCCCUGUCAGCACAGCUGCCGCCAAGCCGGCCACAACACCGGCCCCGGUGGCGGUUGGGACAUUUGUGCCUGCAGUCACAACCGCCCCAGCAGCGGUGCCGGUCACACCAGCGGCGGUGGCUGUGCCAGCUGCCACUGUGAAGCCGGCGGCGGCUGCCCCAGUGGCGACUGUGGCUCCUGCGAAUGCGCUUCCAGUAGCCACCCCUGCAGCUACGCUGCCGGCUGCUGCUGCGGCUGUCCCGCUGCCCCAGGCUGUCCCCACGCCUGUACCCACACCUGCAGGGUCUACGGUGGUGAUCACUCCUGCUGGGACCCGAAUGGUGCCCAUGCCCCCGCAGAUCCCCCCGCUCAGGCCCCCCAUCCCCACCGCCGCCAGUCCUCCCCCUCCAGUGGCAAGUCCUCCCCCUGCGCAGCCCCCUCCACCGCCACCGCUGGCGAUGGUGCCGCUGCCGGCCGCGCUGGCCCCCCUGCUCAGUCCCUCCUCCAAGGCCACCGCCCGCUCCCCAUCGCCCUCCCCGCCCGCCCCCUAUGUGGUGCGCGACCCGGCGGCGACAGCGCUGGCGGCAGAGUUGUUGCUGCAGGGGCCAGGCGUAUGGCCCUUUGACAGCGCGAAGCAGGCGCUGCUCGUGAGCGCUAUUGCGUCAGUGCUGCCCGGCAUCGGCCCCGGCGCAGUGUCCAUCACCGGCAGUGGCGCGCCUUUCCGCAGACGCCUGCUCCAGGAGAGUGCGCUGGUGGACACUCAGAUCGAUGCAGGCUCUGCGGACCGGGUGCCUCUUGUGCGCGAGCAGCUGCAGAACGCCACAUCCAGCGGCCAGCUGCAGGGAGCGCUGAGGGCGGCGGGACUGGGAGUGACAGGCGUGCAGCUGCAGGCGGCAACAGCAGUUGUUCCAGCACCAAAGGACAGCAGUGGAGGCAUGAUGACCAGCACAAUCGUCGGGCUGUCAGUCGCGGCGUUUGUGGCCGUCUUGUUGGCUGCCGGCGCGUACUAUGUCUGCGUGCACAAGCAGUGCCUGUCCUGGUCCAACCGGGUCGCGGCGGCGGCGGACGCGGAACAGCCGAAGGGGGCGACGACUCCGAAGGAGGGGACGCGAGUGAAGCCCUUCUACGAGGCGCCGCAGUUUGCGCAGACAUACGCGCGCACACCCAGCCUCGUGCAGCAGCGGCCCCCGCUGCCCCCGGCCAUGCACCGCGCGCGCGCCGACGGCGGCCGCGGCGGCCAGAUCAGGCAGGGCUGA